ACAGAUCAUGCAGGUGAGUGACUUGGUUUUUUUUCCCCUCCUCUCUGAGGGAGUUGGUUUUCACUUCCUGCACUCUCUGUGCCUUUGUCUCCGCUGGACGCAGCUGAAGGCACACCGGAGGGGUGAAGGCACCAGGGCCGGGGACAAGGGGGAUACCCCGUUCCCAGCAUCAGUUUCACCGGAGACUACCCAGGAAAGGAAUAAGGUCUUAAGGCAACGAGGACUGGGGCACCAAGAUGGCCAAAGAGAGUCCGGGUCCAUGGUUUGUGUUCUGGGUCUCCUUGGCGCUGGUGGUGGACUUUGGUGAAGGAAACAAGGAAAAACCCUUCGGUGAAAUGUGCCUGGAAGACUUUACAGCAGGGGUGCCAGAUUUGGUGCUGGAUACAGACGCCUCUGUCCAGAAUGGAGCCACCUUCUUGUCGUCCCCCAUGGUCCAUCGGAGCAGGGACUGCAUGAGAGCCUGCUGUAAGGACUCUGCUUGUAACCUGGCUCUUGUGGAGCUGGUCCCAGGCACAGAGGAAGACCACAUCCAGGGCUGCUUUCUCCUCAACUGCCUCUAUGAGCAGGCUUUUGUCUGCAGGUUUGCCAGGAAGAUCGGCUUUCUCAACUUCUUGAGGAAGGACGUGUACGAUUCCUACCUGGCAAUGCAGAAUCAUGGAUCUAGUGAUGACCAUCCUCCAAUAGCCCGCACUGGCAUGGACAUGAGGGUACAGCCAGGGGAGCCAGUGAUUCUGAGAGGGACAGAGAGCACAGAUGAUCGAGGGAUAGUCAGCUACGAAUGGAAACAAGUCCUCGGCGACCCCUCCGUGGAGAUGAAGAAGCAUGAAGAAGACCAGGUAGAAAUCUCCAACCUACAGGUGGGGACUUACGUCUUCCAGCUUACUGUCACGGACACCGCACAACAGCAAGACUUCACCAACAUCACCAUCAUGGUGCUGAAUUCUGAGCAGACUGAAGAGCAUUGCUUGACUCCUAAGAAGGUGGGUUGGUGUCGGGGAUCUUUUCCACGUUGGUUUUACAACCCAAGCCUUCAGAAGUGUGAGGAGUUCAUUUUUGGUGGCUGCAAGCCCAACAAGAAUAACUACUUACGGGAGGAAGAGUGUACACUCACCUGCAAGAAUGUCAGAGGUACUGUUGGUGGGCGACAACGGCCAGUGUGCAAUGGGAAAUGUCAGCCACCCUUCUUCAGAUGCAAGGAUGGCUGCUGUAUUGAUGCCUACCUGGAGUGUGAUGAAACUCUCGACUGUGCUGAUGGAUCGGAUGAGAUGUAUUGUGAACAAUAUGCUCGUGAGUUCAAUAGACUGCAGAAAAUCAAUGUAACACGUAAGCAAGGUCACUGUGUGGACUUGCCUGAUACUGGACAGUGCACCGAGAGCAUCCCCCGCUGGUACUAUAACCCAUUCUCUGAGAAAUGUGACCCCUUCACCUACGGGGGCUGUGGUGGCAACAACAACAACUUUGAAGAAGAGGAAGAGUGCAUGAAAUCAUGUGCAGGCGUCACAAAAGCAGAUGCCAUUGGCCGGAGAUGGGAAUCAUUUGAGUCCCAAAGUGCUAUCUUAGGUGCCUUUGAGGUAGUGAUUGCUGUGCUCCUCGGGAUCUCCAUCAUGGUGGUCCUGGCUAUCAUUGGCUACUUCUUCCUGAAGAACAGAAAGAGGAACAGCCGCCGCCGUCAGCCAACCACUGCUACCAACUCAACCCUCUCCACCACGGAGGACACUGAGCAUCUGUUCUACAGCAGUACCACCAAACCAGUCUGACCUACAGCCUCUCUCCAGCCCAGCACUGGGACGCUCCCCAAAAUUCUGGAGUUCUCUUUUCAGACACGGGCCUGUGCCUGAAGGACUCUUUCUCUUUGAAGAUAUUUGUAGCAUCAGGCCAAGAUCUAGCCAUGAUUUGGCAGUGCUAGUGUUUGUGAUUGUCUUGGCUAAAUGGCUGCUCUGGAAAGUGAAGAUCUGGGAGCAUUUUGAUGCUCUCUGAUGUCUAACCCUUCCUGACCUCAAACAACCCAGUGAAACUCUGAAUUACAUCUUUCUCCCUGCUCAAACCUGGAGCACAACUCCGCUCAACUUACCAAAGGACCCUAGGAAUGGAUCUGUGUAGCAUUCACACUGUUGAAUUGUGCAAGCUCACCAGAGCCAGCAAUUUUUUGUUUGCAGUGCCACUUUCUUACACUCAGUCUUGUAUUCUUCUCCCUUUUCUUCAGUCCUCUGCAAGGUGGCCCUGCAGUCCUCCUGGUUGUGGUCUCUUGAGGGCUGUGUGAAUCAUGUAACUGUCCAGACCUGUUUCAAGGGCUCUGUGACACUCUCCAGUGAUUUCUGUUUUCUAGAGGGAAGGAAACAGAAAUACUUGCUUUAAUCACUAAGCGUUGCUUUUUAGCAGAAAAGCAAACCUAGAUUUUUUUAUGCCUGGCUGUCGUGUUACAGCCACCUAUGUACAGUACAUGUCCACCAUUUUCUCUCUGUGAGUUGCUCUGGUUGCUUUUCCAGUGUUCAGCCUGACCACAAAGACCUUGACAAAGUAUCUAUUUAUUCUUACAUGAAAUGAAAGGAAAUGUUCCUACUUUUCCCACUGGUAGUGAGGGCAGAAUGGAAGGCCCUAGCUCCUGCUCAGUUGGACCUUUGCUGCAGCUUUUAUUUUACUGUGCUCUCCUCAGAGCAUGCAGCACAGGAGUGGGCAGGAUGCCACCAGCUGAUAUCCCUGGGGCUUCCUCGCUCCUGCUGGCCUGUCCUUCUCUGGGCAGGAUAAGCCCAGUCCCAGGAGGUCCAGAGUUCAUCCCUGACCCCAUGGCAGAAUGUGACAUCCUCACCUCAGUGAGGUCUCGUGUGUUCCUCUGCAGGCUAUUUGCAGUGGGGUGCUCCCCAAUUGUGUACUGCUGCAUCUCUGUCAUCCAGGCUUGUACCUCUGGGCACUGGGGACUUCUGUUGGGGGGCAGAAGCUGCUAUUUCUGAGGUGCCUGGUACGCCUUGUGGGCUGUGGGGUUGGUAUCAAUCCCCAAAUUCCCGUUGCCUGCUGCUCUUGGAGAACUCCUGCUCUGAAGAGAGAGGAAAUCUGUGAAUGUGUGUUUGCAUGUGUGCACAUGUGUGUGUGUCUGUAAGAAGCAUAAACCUAUGUACAGAGUUUAGUUUAAAUGCUAGGACCCUUUCAGGGCUGAGGGCAGAGUGGCUCUGGGAGGCUCUGGUGAAGCCAUGCCCAACUCAGGUCCUCUCAAGUGCAGCUCCAGGAGAGCUGCCUCGUUGGGCUGAUGUCUGGGCUUGAAGGGAAGAAGCUGCUGCCCAGAGCCUGCUGGCAAUCUGACUGCACGCUUCCCCUGUCACGAGCAUCUGCCUCCGUGUCCCUGGGGCUGGUCAGAUUGCUCCAUGACUUUCUGUGAUCUCUUAUCAUUUUUUCCAUCUCUUUGUUUUUCCCACAGCCUAUCAUGGCCUAUGCAAUAAACCUAACGUCUUGAUUUUUUUUUUUUGUGCGCUCACUCCGAUAAUACAAGUUGCAAUAAAAAGGAGUUGUUUGUCUUAUCUGA